AUGUCGCUCGAUAGGCUUAAGGUGGCUAAUGUAGAGUCCCUACCCGAAUUACAAGAUCUGUUUGCACCCUCGCCGUCGCCCGUACUGCCAGCCGCAAGUGGUAAGCGCGACGCUCGCGCGCUCACCAAAUUAGUUACGUUAGACUGUGAUAACGUAACAGCAGAUGGGAAUAGUACAAGUACCACUACAACUACGAACCGCCUGGGUGAAGAUGGGGUUGAUAGUUCUAUUAUCAACCAAGGAGAGACCACUACCAGUACCCAUGCGGAUACCAAUGAGAACAGUAGGUGCAGUAUAGAUAUUACAGAACAUAACGGAGUCGAGAGUGACAAGUCGAACUCGGAGAUCAUUAGUAUACUAACCGGUGGUGUAGGGUUAACCUCUACACUUGCUGUUAAUGCUGGCGAGGUGUUAAGUGAGGAAGCAAAGAGAAGAGAAUCAGGGAACGGCAGACUCAAAUACCCUACGUCGCCGUCUGUGUGGACGCAAAGCGACUAUGAACUAGGUUAG